AUCAUUGACCCAGUGGCAGUCGUCCGAGUUGAAAGCAUCGAAGCGAUUGGAUUGUUAAAGUUUCUGUCCGAACAAAGCAACUCAUAAAUAAUUUAGACAUUUUAUUCUUUCGUGAAUUGGUUCUGUGUCAACGAGAUUGCGAGAAUUAGAAACUAUUAUCCUGUUAAACGUAGUUGAAAUAUCGAAAAAUCAAUAAUGUCUACGCCGACCCACGAAUUCAAUGUUGAAAUGACUUGUACCGGCUGUUCCGGUGCCGUGGAACGAGUACUCGGCAAACUCAAAGAAAAAGUCGAAAAGGUUGAAAUCGAUCUGGACAACAAAAAAGUGUUCGUUACCUCGAAUCUAUCGGCAGAUGAGCUACUGGAAACGAUCAAGAAAACUGGAAAAGAAACCAGCUACGUAGGACUCAAAGCUUAGAGAAGGAGGAAUCUAAUAAGGAAACAAAUGUUACCAGUGCAAUGUGGAAUCCAUAAAGCAAAAAAGAGAGGAAAAUUGAACCAAACCCGCUCAGGGAUGCUUUCUCAAAUUCUGUUUCCAACUGAUUCGCUAGGCCCUGUGUGUUAUCCUUUUUGUUUUAUUGUAGCUUCUAUUAAAAUAUAUUUUUUGAUCAGAAAGUAUUUGCAGUAUGUACAUUUGUUUAGCCAUGUAGAUGUGGUUCCCAUUAAACUUUUUCAUUUGGAAGUCAUUUGAAAAAAAAAAACAUCCACAAUGCCAAACAUCAUUCGACAAUGGAGAUUAUAUACUGUGCGAGUAUUGUUAAGUGAAAAUGCGAGCAAAUAGAAAUAAAAGGUUCUGAAUUUUUAUACAAUCUAAAACUA